UAUCACCUCUUUGUUCUCGGCUCUGGUGGACACACCAAGGAAAUGCUCAUGAUGAUGGAUGACGGAUUCUGCAACUUUGCCAACUUUCACCGUCGCUAUCUGAUUACCGCUGGGGAUCUCAACUCCAUUCACCAAGUCGCCGAGUACGAGACUGACCUCGACCUUUUGUGCAUCCGGGAGGGCAAGGAAGCUGGAACCUAUGACACUCGAUUCGUCGCCCGCGCUCGUCGUGUUCACCAGCCUCUUUGGUCAACUCCCUUCUCCGCUCUGCGUAGCAUGCUGGAAAUCAUCCCCGCCCUCCUCACGCCCCCCAAGAACGACGUCGGCGCCAACCUUCGUUACCCAACCUGCAUCUUCUCCAACGGCCCCGCCACCGGCUUCUUUGUCGGACUGGCUGUUCAUCUUCUCAAGAUGUUUUACGUCGUUCCCGAGGACUCGAUGAAGUUUGUCUACAUCGAGUCGUGGGCCCGCAUCUCGACCCUGAGCCUCACCGGGAAGCUCUUCUACUACACCGGCAUCGCUGAUGUCCUGGUUGUGCAGCACGCCGAGGUUGCUGCCAAGUACGGGAUUGAGAAUGCUGGGGAGAUGGUGUUUAACGCCCGGCGCCCUGAUAUCUGA